AUUAUAAUGUCUCAGAAAAAAGCAGAUUUUGAUUUCCUUGUAAAGUUACUAAUUAUUGGAGAUAGUGGAGUUGGUAAAACUUGUUUGUUAAUGAGAUAUUGUGAAAAUCUAUUUACAAACAAUCAUUUGACAACUAUUGGUACAUACAUUAAACCAUAUUAUUAGGAAUUGAUUUUAAGUUAAAGACUAUUGAAGUAGGAGGUAAGAAAGUUAAAAUAUAAAUAUGGGAUACAGCAGGUUAAGAAAGAUUUAGAACUAUUACUUAAACUUAUUACAAAGGGGCUUAGGGAAUUAUAUUAGUUUAUGGAGUAGAUGAUCGGGUUUCAUUUCAAAGGUAUUAUUAUAUUAGAAAUUGUAUUCAAGUAUUGAAAAUUGGAUGAAACAAAUUAAUACUCACGCAUAAGAAGGUGUUACCAAAUUAUUAGUUGCAAAUAAAUCUGAUUGUUCUGAUAGAGUUGUAUAAACUUAAGAAGGUUAAAGAUUAGCAGAUACAUAUUCUAUCCCUUUUUUUGAAACCUCUGCUAAAAAUGGAACCAAUAUCUAUGAAAUCUUCAAUACUAUUGCCAAAAUGGUUAUUGAUAAAUAAAACUAAGAUCCAACUGAUCGUCCAUCCAAUGUAUAAUUAUCUUAAUAACCUUCAAAUGAAACAUAAAAAAAAUAAAGUGGAUGCUGCUGA